CGAGAUCCCAAACAAAACAGCACAGCCUGCGCGCAAUCGUGCGGCCGUUUGCAAUCUAUGGGUCUAUGGUCCGUAAUCGGUCGGGCUGUUAUGAUCGCUUUGGGGCUGUGCGCGUCGCCACACCAUCAUAUGCCCGAGCGAGUUUCCUGGAGUGAAGCAGCGGUGGCACGAUGAUUCUCUCGUUGCUCAAGCUGCCGCUCGUCUUGCUCAACAGCGUCAGGCAGUUCAUCUCGCAGACGUUUUUCGUGGCCGUGUUGUUCUCGGUGAUAACGUGGACUUCGAUACUCUUGUACGGCGUCUUCUACUGGAACUACAUUCCCAAAUCGUCGCACGUCUUUCCGGUGCACCUGCACUUCGAGUCGACAGCAUGUCCCGCAGGCUUUUGCGACUUCCUAAUGGCAAACGUGACCAUCGUGAGGCCGGGGCAAGACGAAUACCUGGCCAGGGGUCAGCGUUACAAGAUCUAUCUAGAUCUUGAGAUGCCAGAGUCCGAGGCUAAUCAAAGGAUUGGUAUGUUCACAGUCGGACUUGACAUGAUCAGUGAAGAUGGUGAAGUGUUGAAGUCUACGCACAGAUCGGGUGUUCUACGGUACAAGUCGAUGCUUGUCAAACUUUUUGCAACGUUGACUUACAUUCCAAUGCUCCUCUUUGGUUCUGCGGAGGAGAAACAGACAGUGUCGCUCCUGCUGUUUGAGAAAUACGUGGAAGACUACGCAAAGCCAGCCACGCAGGCAGGCCUGGUGAUCCGAAAUAGCCACAUUGAGGUCUACACGGCAACACUGAAAGUAUAUGCAGAUUUCACUGGGUUAAGGUACAUCCUCUACAACUGGCCACUUACAUCGGCCGUCGUGGGCAUAUCGACCAACUUCUUUUUCGUGAGCCUGGUGGCGCUGCUGUCCUGGAACCACCUGACUCCAGCCAAGCCAAAGCCGCGCCGCCCCUUGGCCGAGAGGAAGAAGCACCCUAGCAGUGAGAAGGCCCAGCUGGAAGAUGCCGAGGAGACGGAAGACGAUACUUCCAGCGACAUCAGCAGCAGCCAGCCUGAUCUUGUCAAGGAAACGAGGGAUGCCAAGGUCAGGAAAAGGAAAGAGCUUGACGAGAAGACCGGGAAAACGCUGAGGCAACUCUUCGGAGCUACUACACGCGAAAGCAGUGCUAGCCUUCCUUCACUGGGUGGUGACCAAGAGGCAAGCAGCACCAUGCAGCAGACGACGUGAGGUAGGAAACGCCGAUGUGAGCCCAACAAGUUUCACAGGCCGCUCGGAUUGUCCCGGGUCUGUACGUCGGCUGUGAUAGCCCCUGGUCAGUUGCACGAUCACUGUGCAGGUACUGUCUCUUACGUUAUUUGUGAUAGCGUUGGCAGAUUCUGGGUCUUGUUGUUCUGUACCGUGGAACAAGCGUGCCUUUUGUUGCUAUAUAUAGUUAUACUUUCAUGUGAAAAUAUAACAGACCUCCCUGUGGUAUGGAUCCCCAUUUUCGCAUCACCUAGCAGAAAUGUUGUUUCUAGUUGUAGAACAUCCUUCGGGGAUAUAAUAUGCCUUAAACAAAGCAUAUUACUGGUUGAUGACGAUGAAAUGCAAAGCACUGGACUAAAGGAAGGCAGGACGGAUGACACAGGUGCCACUAACCAUUGUGAAUGAACAGCUAAGCUAGUCCAUCAUUCACAUCUAUUCAAUUUUAUGCCUUCUGCAACAAUUGUGGGUUGUUGACAGUGGACACGUGCCGCCUAAUUGUCACUUUACUUAACAAGAUUGUGCAUGCUUUGUAAGCAAUCUUUGUUUGUCUGCUCCCUCCGUUGUUGCUGGUUUCAGAGAGUAUAGGGGGAAAAUUUCCAAUAAACAUUCGCAGUUGUUAGUCAAGUUUAAUUCGCCUCGCCUUCCUUUGGUCUUAUGCUUUGCACUUCACACUGACAAACAUGCUUCACCAACUAGUCGAAAAGAAUACUCUUCUAAACUAGAAUGAACACUAACUGUUCCGUUAAGUGAUGCCCGACCGCGGUUUGAAAAAUAUCAGGGUGUCUGCUACUUUCGUUCGCGACAGUGCAUUGGGAAAUCGCUCUCUGUGCAAACUCCUUUGCCAUGAUGUACAAGAUUUGGUAGAAUGAUUUUUUAGAGCACCUCGCAAUCCUGCGGCACCUUGUGCCCGUCAUGUAUGUGCGAGCAACUAGGUCAUCCCUUUUUGGGGACAAUGCCUGCCACAAUUUUUGUAGUUGUUUUGUUCUUAGUAUUGCCUCUGCAGACGAGCUCAAGUUGUUCCUCUGUGUUUCUUCGUUAUCUGUUAGCAAAGACUACCAGAAAUUUUAAGCAUUGUUACAAUUUCCAUGUUACUACAUUUAUAUAUGAGUUCAGGCAUGCUUGUCAGUAUAACAUGUACAAGGAGGGUUAACAGAGCACCAGGAUAUCAUAUUCUCUGGGACAUUCGCCCUGGUACUCCUCCACUCAUUGCAGACCCUCAACUCCAGGAAAAUGGUGUCAGUAUUAGUACACAAUUGAAGCACUUACCGCACUGCCGGUUACUCCAGAAACAUAUUUUUCACUAUCAACCACUUUCAAUUAAAAUUCUUCAAUGUUAAAGUCCGGGGUUUUACGUUUCUAAAUUUCUAUCUGAUUAUGAGGCAUGCCAUAGUGGGGGACUCCCGAUUAAUUUUGACCACCUGGGCUUCACGAACAUUCUUUAACGGUUUAACGUUUCUUAAAAAUCUAAGUACACAAGUGUUUCUGCAUUUGACCCCCAUCGAAACGUACUCGUCGCAGCCAGGAUUGAACCUGCAACCUCGAACUUGGCAACGCAAUGUCACCACUUUUUUUCGGUGCUUGUGCUAGAAGGUUUUGAAGCGGUAGGCACGUUUCUCAAGCGGCUUUUUGUUGCAGAUUUCGCCUGGGAACAUCACUGCUCAGUAAUGAGUGCUUCAUUCAGUGGACAGUACCGCUUUUUUUUCAGGCGGUGUCUUGAGUGACAAACUUCGGAUUAGUCUAAAUUGUUCGUUUGCCCCUUGGAAAACCUGUCGUUUGUUAUAUGCCAAGAGAGGACUUAUAGUUGCGUAGGAAGUUGCAACAUCAGGGUCUGAGGUAGCCCAUAAUGAAUGGAGUCUCUUGCAUAGCUGUGAUGGAAGUCCUGGAGGCCUUGUAGUAUUGGCUACGUUAAUUUGCAGCUCUGUAUAAAGAGGGCGACACCAGUGCUGGCACUAGAGCAUUUUUCUAAAACUCUUAUCUUGCUUUGAUAUCUACCUUUGGGUCCCUUUUAAGAACACAAAGAUAAAAAACACCGCUGUAUCAUAUGUUCACAAAUAGAUUCUACGGGAAGCUGCUCUCCCGAGCGUCACAGCAGUUGGUACAGUUUCUGGGUAUGCUGUGAUGGUGAUGGCCCACUAAAUGCUUCGGUGCUUCACUUUAGGAAGACAAACUGUAUUGAAGGUGAUGUUGACCUAUUAGGUUCUGUAAGCUGCUGCAAACGAAGCUCAUUCUUGCAAUUUUUGUGAAUGGUCUACAAUUUGGUCCCACAAUUCAUUUUAGACUUCCAUCAUAAUACAGACAAGGCCCCUCCAUUUUGGAAAAUUGGGUACCCGCAGAUUACAGUCGCGCUCCCGUUAACUUGACCAUGGCUAAUUAGGUUUGUCUCUUAAAUUUGGAUGCACUGGAAAGUUUCAGCGAGCAACAAUGCAUUGAUACAAAAGGAAAACUCGUUAGUUUGAACGUGAAAGCAUGCUGUUUUGGUUAAUUCGACCCCGACGGACUCGUACCAGCGCCUUCUCACGUGCGCAGUUGUUGCCAAAACUUUGAAUACACAAAACAUUCAGCAGACGGCACUACUGCUUUUGUUUAUUUUUAGGAUGUUGUCAGUGCCGACAACAGUGUAGCGGUAUGUGGGCCGCUCACCGAUGAUGACAGUGUCAGCAACGUGACGGUCCAACAUUGAGGCAGUGUUAAAACAUGCUGGUGCUCUUUGCUGCAUGCUGGUUGAGUCGUGCUUCAAGAGAAAGAAGCAGAGGCAACGCAAGCUACUUCAAGCAGUAAAAAAAAAAUUGAAUCUGUUCAUUCUGUUGUUGUUUGUCAAUUGGAAUCAUUCGAGCAGAUCUUGCGGUUUCGCAAGGGUCGAAUUAACGGGUGUAGACUGGAAUUAAUGGGUGUAUACAGUGUUUUGAAACUUACAUUUGGGUCAGAAGCGUGAAAGGUUGUUUACAGUACUUUGUACACUACUACUCGCUCACAGGGGUGUCUGCACCGGUGUGCCAAUAUUAUUAUAAACCUUAUUUCGGCAUAUGUAUAGUUUUUAUCAACUUUUAAUACAUGUAUGUGAGUGUUCACUAUCGUUAUGAUUGCAAAUUAUAUUAGAGUUUAUUCAUGACUGUAUAGCAGUAUUAUUGCUCCAAGUGUACUCUGCGUUAGCUCAAGAUCAACAAUAUUGCCAAAGGUUGCGCAGCAAGUCCUGCCUUCUGCGGUAUUUAAUUUGAUAAAAUUUGACAUUACCGAUGUCAUGUGUGUUUUGUAAUGCUUGUCUGCAAUGUGCAUAGGGUGAACUGUCACAUCAUUUUUUUUUUGGCAACUGGCAUCUUUUUUUGGUUUCAGUGGUGCCUCAUUUAUUGACAUGGUAGAAAGUCUGGCACUACCAUUUGUAGAGUGCAGUUGGUGUCAAAAAAAUUACAAACUGUGUGAAAUUGUGUGAAUAUGAAAGAAAUCUAGAAUUUAUUUGCAAUUUGUGAUUGUGGCCCGUAAAAUUGUACAACACGAAGUUUUUGAAUGAACUGUAGUUAGUAUUUGCUGAAAGACUGCCAUCAUCAAUGAGUCUUUAUACUAGUAGAGGCUGCGGAUUGAAUAACGGGCUUUGGAAAUAUAUUCACCUCUUGCAUCCCCCGGUCUGGUAACUUUUGACGCCGACUGUACCUGCUGUACGGUGUCAGCAGUGUGCAGUAAUGUACACGAUGACCAUAACUUCAUCUGUUUGUGGCCAACACCUGAUGCAACUAUUUUCAUACUUUUAGUACUGACGGAUGAAUAUGUACUUGAUUGCAGUGGGAUCAUGCAAUUCAGACUGUGCUCGUCCAUUGCCAUUUUUCUUCACAUAUGCUAACACAGUAGGUGUGUGUGCGAACUAGUGUGUUUGCGUUUAGUAGAAUUACAGGUGCCCACAAAGCUUCUCAGGACAUGCCAGCUGUUGAAAAGUUAUAAUUGGCUCGAAGCCUAAAUGUGCACCCACACUUGUCAGUGCAGCUGCCAACUCCUUGAUGCCUGCGUAGUUCUCCUUUUUUUUUUUUUUCACAGCUCGCGCAUACUACUAAAGAGCCCUGUGGGUACAUGUGCAUGUUAGCAUGUAUGAGCCCCGUCAACUUUUAAUAGAAAACAACUUAAGGUUGACCCUAGUGUCUUCCAUAAGGUGCAGUCAGGUGAAAGCCUUAUUUUGUCAUACGUGCACUUUAUGCUCUACGGUGUGGUCCGGCAUAUCGGGGAAUGAGUUGUUAGCAGAUAACCUGGCGACUUCUCUCAAAAUUUGAGAUCGAGCAUUGCCUUGUCAGUGUCUGCUAAGCGUUUCUUGUUUACUCAAGUUUUUCACUUGUAUUUUGUUUUGUUUUUUGUCCAUGUCUCCUUUUAUGUGUAUCAUGCAUUCCACUAAAAAGCACUAAAAAGCAACUGAGCUGUUCCUUAGUGCUUACAAGAAAUGUUUGAUUUGCUUGAUGUAGAAUUAACAGUAUGGUAGUUUUGCAAGAAGACAAAGUAUGCAUCUCCAGUUUGCACUGUAUAACACUGUAACAGUAUGUUUCAUGGCUGUGUUACCAGGCUGAACAAGAUGAUUCACAAUGAGUAAAUUGUUUCUCAUGAUAUUCAACCCAAAUGCCCAAGAAACAUGGGCAUCCUUUCGCAGUUUGGACAUGUAUCAUAGCAUGUAAGCCAACUUGCAAUUAAAAUCUUGUUCCUUGUU